AUGGACAGCUUGGUGUUCUGUAACCGCUGCUUCCAGUCACCGUGCAGGAAGUCGUCCUUCAGCCUGACCAACUGCGGGCACGUGUUCUGCGACGUUUGCCUUGGCAAAGGUAAAAAGGAUGAAUGCUUGAUUUGUAAAGUUCCUUGUCGUACAGUUUUACUCUCAAAACAUACCGACUCUGAUAUCCAGACGUUCUUUAUGCGCAUAGAUGGUCUGUGUAAGAAGUACUCCAAGGAGACCUCCCAGGUUUCAGAAUUUCAAGAAAAACACAGGAAGAGAUUAUUGGCUUUCUAUAGAGAAAAGAUUUCUCAGUUGGAAGAGUCCCUCAGGAAGUCAGUGCUGCAGAUAGAGCAGCUGCAAAGUAUGAGAUCAUCACAACAAACAGCUUUCAGCUCAGUAAAAAAUUCACUUUCAACAAAGCCAAAUGGAUAUUUCCUGUUGCCGCCUAAUUCAUCAGCCCCUCACAGAGUGGAAUCUAUGGAAGUUGACCUUACUCCUUCUCCAGUGAGGAAACCUGAGGUAGCAGCGGGCCCCACGAGAAUCUCUUUGAUUAGUCCACCUCAGGAUGGACGCAUGGGUGGGGUCCUUGGUGUCCAGGAGCUCCACUACCCAUGUGGCAGUCCUGGGAGCCAGCCUGCUCGGCUGCCUCAGGAACAAAGGGUGGAUUGUGCCUCCUUCAGGCCCACUCGUGGCCCUGGGCCUGACACGUUCCCCUGCUGCCCCUGUAGGGGCCUGUGGGCAAUGGAUGUGCCUCCAGCCAAGCAGACCUUCCUGGGCCAACCUUUGCAGCUCAAGCCGGGCACCAGUGCAUCAGCCCAGGCUCCUCCCCCAGACGCCUCUAGCUCAUCCAGGCCCCAGGAUGAGGCUCUGAUCUCCAGCCAGGCCCUCUGA